CUCCGCCCGGUCCGGCGCCGCUCUGCCCCGCCGGCUCCCCGCGCCCCGCCAGCCAUGGUGAACCUGGGCCUGUCCCGGGUGGACGACGCCGUGGCCAGCAAGCACCCGGGACUCGGGGAGUAUGCCGCAUGCCAGUCGAACGCCUUCAUGAAGGGCAUUUUCACCUUUGUCACAGGCACCGGGGCGACCGUCGGCCUGCAGAUGCUCGUUCAGAGGAAGUUUCCGUACCCCUUUCAGUGGAACGUGCUGGUGGCCGUGGUCGCAGGCUCAGUGGCCAGCUACUGGGUGACCCGAGUGGAGUCGCAGAAAUGCAGCAACCUCUGGCUCUUCCUGGAGACAGGGCAGCUCCCCAAAGACAUGGACACAGAUCGGCACAGCUAGGAGAGCUCCAGCCAGGGCACAGGGGACCUGGGGCCGGAGAGUUCUAGAACACAGCCCUCAGCACCUCUGCACCCCAGGCUGGCCUCCCCACACCCAUGUCCCCUGCACACAUGCAUGGCCAGCUCUGUCAGACCUGUGCAAACUGCUCCUGCCCAGCCUGGACGCCCAGAAGGUCAGACCAGGAUGUGCUGCCCCUGGGUGGCUGGCCUCCUGCAGGGCAGUGAGAAACGUGGUGGACACAGAGCUGGAGAAGACCAGGCCUGUCUCAUGCAUAUUUGGGGGCGGCAGCUCUGGGGUGGGGGGUUGGGCCUUCUGCACUUCCUGCUGCUGAUACGCCCUUUCUGACCCCUGCAUCCCCCCGCCCACCCCAGUCAGAGCUGACAGCUGCCGCUGGGGGUUGUGGGACUAAUAAACGCCUUUUCCUGUUUCCCGUUUCCCGCCUGAGUUCUAAAGCAGUUGGGAAACAAGUCAGCGCAGUAAGAAGAUGAGAGAAAUGUCACUCGGUACCAUACAGCUGAUUGGAGGAGGUGCCAGGGCUGUUCCUAACACCGAACCCCAGGAUUAGACACUCUGGGCAGCCCCCAUGGGCCCUCCAUGCGGGGGUGCUUCUGUACCGCCUGGCACAGAGAAGCAGAGCAGACGGUGUGCAGCCAGGCAGCACCUGGCUUCCAGGAGACAAGGGACAGGAAGUGGCCACGCCCACCUGCCUAUCAUUCCAAACCCACCUAUCAGAUUAAGUCACUUCUCCCCUGGGGAGGAGGAAGUGAGUGGUUCAGGAGGCCACAGUCAGCUUACCGGAGCUCUGUCCACAUGGAGGAGUGUUCCUGGGUGGGCAAGACUGCCCACCUCACCCACCCCCAACAGAGGGAGAGGCAGAGAUUAUAUAACACCUGGGCAAAUCCACCGUCCUUUAUAGCAGGCUUCCCGGUAACACUGAAGGCACACAGGGCCGCGCUGCUCCAGCCCCAGCUCCGCCCCUGCGCCUGCUGACCUAGCCAGUCCCGCAAAAGAACGUCUACUGCACGCUCACUACGCACCGGGGAAUCUGUUCGUGGGAAGGCAAAACGACAGGCAGCCCAAGAUAACCACGGCAUGAGCAAGCUAGAGUAUUCAAUUUCUUUCAUGGAAAAGCUCAAGUGGGUGGUCUGGGGCUGUAUGGAGUCAGGGACCCAGGCUUCUUUUAGCGUGUUCUGUGCUGUAACAGCCCUCAUUCCAAAUCCACCUCAUGGUCCCAGGCAGCUGUGCUGGCUCCGGCCAUCAGGUCUUCAUCCCUGUCAACAGGAAAGAGAAAGGGGGAGGAGGAGGGCAGUUCACUCACUUCUCUGAACACUGCAUUGGCUAGAACUAAGUCAUGUGGGACGCCUAGUGCAAAGGCACCUAGGAGGGCAGCUUGCUCUGGGCAGCCUCGUGCCCACUAAAAUUCAGGGGUUCUCCAUCUGAGGAAAGGAGAACCAGUAUUGGGGCACAGGCUCUGCCUCGCACCCUGGGAGAACACGGGCAUCAAGGGAAUAGACCCUGCCCACGGCAGGCCCUCCCAACCCCCUGAGGGAAAGACCUGGGCUCAGAGGGAGGGCAGAGGGUGAACUUCGAGUUUCAGAGGGGACUGGACUCACUUUUUAAAAAGAGAGUGACCAGAAAAGUAAAGGAUCUGUUUGAGAGGUCACAGAGAAAGAUGGGUGCUGUAACAGCGCACGGGUGAAGACUGUUGUUAUGGCUGAACUGUGUCUCCCACAAACUCAGUUUGCAGCCCCCAGGACCUCAGAAUAUGACUCUGCAUUUGGAGACAGGACCUUUGAAGGGGUGAUUAUGUUAAAAUGGGGAUGGGCCCUCAUCCAGUCUGACUGGUGUGCUUAUAAGAGAAAGUGAUGAGGACACAGAUGAGUACAGGGGAAAGACCCCACGAGGACACGGCCGUCCACAAGCCUGGGAGAGACGCCUCAGGAGAAGCCAGCCCUGCCGACACCUUGAUCUCAGACUUCAAGCCUCCAGGAUGUGAGACAAUAAAUUUCUGUUGUUUAA